CGGAUGACGUCCCUGAUUGUAGCGUGGCAAAUUCUCCUGGCAUGUGGCAGCUACUUGCCGUUCAUUCAUUCCGUACUCAGUUAGUUUGAAAGUUUCGUUCGCGCUGGUAAGGACCCAUCAUGUUUCGGUGCCUGUAUAUAAUCGCCUUUUUCGCGGUCGUGGCCCAGUGCAAGGAGGAACUCAAGACUGACGUGGUUUACAAGCCGGAAGGCUGCGAGAACAAGUCCAAGAACGGGGACAUGCUGACGAUGCACUACACCGGCACUUUACAAGACGGCACCAAAUUCGAUUCGAGUUUGGAUCGAGAUCAGCCCUUCACCUUCCAAUUGGGCGUAGGGCAAGUGAUCAAGGGAUGGGACCAAGGCCUACUUGACAUGUGCGUGGGGGAGAAGAGGAAACUCAUCAUCCCACCCAGCCUGGGUUACGGUGACCGUGGAGCAGGCAAUGUGAUACCUGGAGGAGCGACUUUACAUUUCGACGUUGAGCUGAUCAACAUCGGAGACUCUGCACCCACCACGAACGUCUUCAAGGAAAUCGACGCGGACAAGGACAAUCAGUUGAGCCGGGAAGAAGUAAGGGGUUUUGUCAGCGAGUACCUGAAAAAACAGAUGGUGGCCGCAGAAGGUGAAUCUCCUAGCGAGGAAGUUAAAAAUAUGUUAGCAGACCACGAUAAGCUGGUCGAAGAGAUCUUCCAGCACGAAGACAAAGACAAAAAUGGAUUCAUCUCCCACGACGAAUUCUCUGGACCUAAACAUGACGAGUUAUAAGAAUUGACUGAUAGUUUUAGGUUAACCGGUCUUUCCAAUGAAACUAAAAGUAAUUAAAAAGACUCUUAAAAUCUUUUUUACAAUUUUUUAUAGCUAAAGAGAAAAUAUAACUUUAAGUACUUACCUCUGUUGCAUGGGUUGUGAAUUAUUUUUUGUAUUUAACAAACAGUUUUACAUAUCAGGAUGUUAUAUAUAAUUUGUUGCCACUUCACAAGGUAGCAACAUUUUGAAGCUAUGGAAACAAACCUAGGAAACGAUGUCUUAUUGUUAUAAACAUUUAUUUAACUUAUUGCACAGCUCAGAUUAUUGAUAUAUUUAAUUACAUGUAUCUAUGUACAUAUGCAUUCCCAUUAGUUAAUUUAAUUAAAUGUAGUUCAUAUUUAGUUAAGUUCGUUCCCAGAACUUUUUUUAUCUUGUUCAAUUUUGCUAUAGGAUAUGUUACAUUACUUAUAUAUUUUUUUAUUUUAAAUAUCAUAGAUAUAUGUUGUUGUAUGAGUAAAACAGUUAUAAUAAAGGUUUUCU